UCGGUUUGUCGGACACAUUUCAGAGACGGACGACUAAAAAACAUAUUCUAUUUAUUGUGUCAUGUCUCUGCUUGUAAACACAUUAAUCGGCAGCUGACUUACAUAAAAUAGAGCGGGAUAAACAGAGCCGGAAGCUGAAAGAUGAGGAAGAGCGAGUCCGCGGAAGCGCCGGAGCGGUUUGCAUAUUUACAAUCUCUGGUCACUGAGUUUCAGGACACCGACAGUGAAGAGGCAAAAGAGCAAGUUCUGGCAAACCUUGCCAACUUUGCAUAUGACCCAAAGAACAUGGAGUAUCUGCAGGAGCUGCAGGUGCCAGACCUCUUCUUGGACAUGCUGACCGAGGACAACGAGAACUUUGUGGAGUUUGGGAUGGGGGGGCUGUGCAACCUCAGCAUGGAUCCUGAAUGUAGAGACAUUAUCCUCCAGAGCGACGGCAUCAGCCUGGUCACAAGCUGCCUGUCCAACAGGCGGGAAGAGACCGUCCUGUCGGCCAUCACCACUCUCAUGAACCUCGCCACGCCCACGACCCGUUCCCAGCUAUCAGAACCGGGAAUCCUGCAGUGCAUGCUCCGCUUCUCCCUCGCACAGAGCCCCCGUCUGCGCAACCUGGCAGCCGUGUUCCUGCAGGACUGCUGCAGCGAGGAGCAAGUGAGGCAGGCCCAGCAGCAGAUGCAGGGACACCAGACUGCAAUUGGGAUCCCGCUCCCCAAAGAAUGAAGACACCGUUUGACUCUCAGUGCCCAAAAGAAGUGCCAGAAGCUCUUCUACUAGACACUGCAAGCAGGAGUUUUUUUUUUUUUAGCCCCAGUAAUGCAGUCCUGAGGUAAUGCUGUGGGAAAAUGUGUGACUCUCCCUAAGCUUCGGGAGGAGGAAGGUGAGGUCAGGGUUGUGUUUGGGUCUUUCACACCAAAGUGGAAAAAACCACAAGAGGAGAGCUGGUGUUUGUGUGCGGGGUGGAGCAGGAACAGCACAAAAAACAGUUACCACAAACUUCUAAAUGUAUGUGUACUAAGAGUGUUGUUACGCAUGAAGUUUUCCAGAUUGUUCUUUUUCUAAGGAAAUAACUAAAUUGACAGGAGAAAUAAUGGUCUUUUUUAUUGUAAAGACUGGAGUCAUAAAUCAAUUGGUCAGGGAUUGGAAUCAGAUCAGUCUCUGAGUGGUCAGCAGAUCAAAGAGUGAAAAUCUAGAUUGUUGUUGUUGUUGUUGCCUUAGUCAAUAAAA